AUGUGCAAGCCCACGAGCUUUCAGCCCGUGCCAGCUUUCCCCAUCUCCAGCUUCCCAUCCAAGCCUGACUGCAGCCCCGUCCCCUCCAAGCGGUCCCCUUGGGGAUCUGGCCGGCCCGGAGAGAAGCGGCGCCAUCGCUGUCCACGUGGAGCCACAAGGAUUCACGACGCGCCUGACGUCCCUCGCCCCACGACUGAGUAUUUGGAAAACUACCCUACGCAUGGCAGCGUUCCUCCACCCCAGAGCCUUAAGCCCAAGGCAGAAUUCCAAGCAGCCCAUGGCAAAAUGGAAGGGAUAACGACAUUUAAAUCGGAUUAUCGUCCUUAUGAAAUAGUCAAACAGCCUCGCCACGUCCCAGAGGAAUAUAAACCAAAGCCGGGGGAGAUUGAUCUGGGCACGACCUACAAACGGGAUUUCGGGUCUUACAAAGUGCAGCCUGUGGCCAUCGCCCGGCCUUUGGAGAGACAACACGUUCAACAAGGAAAGGUGGACACUGUCCCAACCUAUAAAGAUGAUUAUAGAACUUGGGACAUUCAGAAAAUGGACCUUUGUAAACCAGAACAAGCUUAUCAUCCCCCCACUGUGAAAUUCGGAAAUUCAACCACAUUUCAGGAUGAUUAUGUUCCUCGGGAGAUGCAGCCUAGGCAAAGCUUUAAGCCCAGCCCUGUGGUCAAACGUUCUACCGUCCCGUUUAAUGGUGAUUCGAGCCAUCGCCUUGAUUAUGUACCUUAUCAGCUGGAAUCCAAGUGUGCAAAGCCCAAAGAGGUGUACAAGCCGACCACCCAACCCUUUGAGGAUCUCACAACUCACCGGUGUGACUUUCAGGGUCUUGUUGGCGAAUCUGCGGAACUCUGCAGACCUGCACACACCAGAGUGACCCCAAACGCUCGUUUUGAAGGAAGCACCGAAUUCCGAGAAAGCUUCCAACCGUGGGAAAUCCCACCACCUGCCGCCAAGAAGACACCAGCGUAUGUCCCCCCCGCAGGUCCCAUGCAGUUGAGCAGCACAAGCCAUCUUGACUACAUUCCCCAUCAGACCAAACGUGUUGUUCCCAUCAGGCCAGUUUCUCGGAGAAGGGACAACCAUUUUCCUUUUCAAGGAGAGAGCACCAUGAAGGAAGAUUUUGCAGCCUGGGAAAGCUGUCGUCCAGGACUGAUUAAGAGGCAGCAGCAGAUUCCCAACCCAUCCGGGAAAUUUGAUGGCUGGACCACCUUCAGGUCUCACUAUGUGCCGCACGAGCUCACUCCCACGGAGAGCUGCAGACCCGCGCCCGCUCUGAGGAGGGGCUCCGCUCCCUUCGAGGGCACAACCCUGUACUCCCGCGAGUACACGGCGAAGACACGGGAGGCCUGCCCCGCCCGCCUCCCCUCUCCCUCAGGCUGUGUCUUCGAAAAUACAAGUUCUGGAGGUCAUCGGUUCUUCCGCAAGGUCGCCCCCACGGCCUUCUGAUCACCCAACCACGUCUAACAGGAAGCUAAUGGGACGUUGGUUUUCUAAGGGCAAAGCCAAUUUGUUUACAGUGAAGAUCGUUUACGGGAGAUGUCAAACAAGUCAGGUUAAAUUUUCAAAGAAGAAAAUUAGAAGAUUAAUGAUAGGAAACGAGGACCUUGAUCUCUCACCAAGAUCGUCCUUCGCUGUGCUACUCUGAAGACUGAGUAGUGGGCGUUCCUACCUGGACCACUUUGAUUCCCAGCCGACCGCUGGGUUCCGGUCUCUGCUGUCCUGUACACGUCGGCUUCUCAUUGCAGCAAUCACAUGGUUACUGACCCUCACGUGUCCGGCGCACCAGGACUGUCCAGCACACCGCUGACCUCGACGGUGGGCUCCUCCUCCGGGACGGGGGUCUUCGUGGACACCCUGCACUGAGGUUGGCGCUGUCGAGGGUGACUGCCCCGCUCAAGUUCGCAGGAGGAGCCACAGUGUGACCAGCAGCAGCUCUGUGCGCGGGGAAUCAGGGCUCCGAGUUCGGGUCCCCGUGACCACACAGUUUCUCUUUGUGCCACCUCAGGCCGAUGACGGGCGUCCCGGAGCCCCCACGUGUCCCCAUGUGUAAAACUUUUGCUCUGCUCAGCUCACCAACGUUCUGUUCGGAGCAUCAGAGCAGAUGAUUCAUCGCAGCCCGAAAGUAAAAGUGCCAAACAAGUGUCAGAGACUGUUAGUAAGUCCCUUAAUCUCUUUUUUGAACCCGUUUUCUCAUUUUCCAAACGAGGGCCAUUACCUACUCAACACUCAUUUUCUGGCCUGAGGCUAGGAUUGUAAAAUGACCAAAUUUGCUUUGAGCUUACGAGCAGUGAGAUUUCUGAGCCUGUCCUCAGGCGCCUGAGGACUUGUUCCGCAGCCUGGGGAGCCUGGGCUCGGGAGUCCCGUGGUUUGAAGGCCGUGUUUAUAGGAAGGAAAGCACUGCGUGUUCCAGUAGUUCUGGGGACGGCCGGGCUCUCUGAAGAAUCUUCAGGGGGCCCCCAGGCGAUGACGUUCCUGAUUGUCAGGCCUGGAGUCCUGGCUCAGGCCUGGGGGGGGCUCGGUCCGGGGCCUAGUUAUGUCCUCCUUGUCCGGAGCGAGCAAAGCGCUAGGACGGGAGGGAGAGAAUGAGGUCAGGGAGCGAAGCAGGAAGCACAUGUUUAUAAACACUGAAAUUUUCCUAAUGAAUUAAACUCGUGUUGUUUUUAUUUUUUUCUCUGAUGAAUGAUUACAUUAGGAGAGUAUGAUUUAUUUUAUCACAAAGUGUAGCCUUUUGCAGCUUUAGAAUUCUUUCAAACUAUGUGCUUAAUUGAGAAUAAGUUCCUCAACAUUGGGUUAAAAUGUUUAUUUGCGGGUAGCUUGUGUGUAUGUCCGCUUGUAUUUAUUGGUGGAAAUUAUGACAUGUAGAAUUAUGUAUCUCUGCAGCCAUAAUAAAGCAUCAAUAAAAUGCAUUUUCAUGAAAUAA